AAACUUCAAAUCAUAUCUAUGCAAAUAAUAUAUUCUCGAACAUAACCUAAACAUAAUAAUAAAGAUAACCAUUGAAAUACUGCAAACUGUUGUUGGGUUAGAAGUGAUUUUUAACAUUUUUAGUCGAAUAACGAAUCAAAAUCGCAAUGAAAACACAAAAUUGGAAAGAACUGGAAGUACCUUUGAGCGAUUCUGUAUUGAAAACUAUUGAAGAAUUAAAAUAUUCUUAUAUGACACCGGUACAGGCAGCCUCCAUACCAUUAUUAUUAAAAGGUAAAGACGUUGCGGUAGAAGCGGUAACAGGUAGCGGAAAAACAGUUGCUUUUAUAGUUCCCAUGUUAGAAAUUUUACAGAAACGAAAAGAGAAAUGGAAAUCUACAGAGGUUGGAGCAAUAAUAAUCAGUCCAACAAGAGAAUUGGCGGUACAAAUCAGUGAAGUCCUACAAAAAUUUUUAAACAAUCUCUCGCAUUUAAAACAAGUAUUACUUGUUGGUGGUAUAACGAUUGCAGAAGAUGCAGAGAAACUUAGAAAUGGUGCAAACAUUAUUGUAGCAACACCUGGUAGAUUAGAAGAUAUAUUAUCUAAUUGUAAAAGUAUAAAUCUGGCUGUUCGUGUGAAAUCAUUGGAAAUAUUAAUCUUAGAUGAAGCAGACAGAUUAUUAGAUUUGGGUUUUUCUGCAACAUUAAACACUAUAUUAAGUUAUUUGCCUCGUCUUAGAAGAACAGGUUUAUUUUCUGCAACACAAACAAAGGAAUUACAGCAACUGAUCAGAGCAGGCUUAAGAAAUCCAGCUUUAAUAUCUGUUAAAGAAAAAGCAAAUAUUUCAACACCAUCAAAUUUAAUAAACAGUUAUACUAUUGUAAAUACAGAAUAUAAAUUUUCCGCAAUGAUAGACUUCAUACAACAAAAAGGAAUUAAUUUAAAGUAUAUGGUUUUUUUAUCUACAUGCGCAUGUGUAGAUUAUUUUAGUCAUGUUAUUCAGGUAAUGCUGCCAUCAGUCCCAAUACUUGCUAUACACGGCAAAAUGAAAGGCAAGAGGUAUAAAGUAUUUGACGAAUUUCGACGUAUUGAUAGUGGUAUUUUAAUUUGCACUGAUGUAAUGGCUCGUGGCAUAGAUAUUUCAGAAGUUAAUUGGGUAUUACAGUAUGAUCCUCCUUGCUCAGCUAGUAGUUUCGUACACAGAUGUGGCAGAACUGCUAGAAUUGGAAAUGAAGGGAAUGCAUUAUUAUUCUUAAUAGAAAAUGAAGAUGCAUAUAUCAAUUUUAUUAAGAAAAAUCAAAAAGUAGACUUACAAAAGGUAGACAUAGAACCAUCUAUAAGUUUGUAUGAAAAAUGUUUAAAAUGCAUGAGAGAUUUACAAAAAAAGGAUCGAUUACUUUUUGAUAAAGCAAACAGAGCAUUUGUAUCAUACGUACAAGCAUAUAAUAAACACGAAUGUAAUUUGAUACUAAGGUUGAAGGACAUCGAUUUAGGCAAACUUGCAAUGAGUUUUGGACUGUUGCGUAUGCCUCGAAUGCCGGAGCUUAAGGGAAGAAAUACAGAAUCUUUCAAAGAAGAACAUGUUGAUAUUAAUUUAAUUAGUUAUUUAAACAAACAAAAGGAACGAAAUCGUUUAGAAAAACUUCAGGUCUUCCAAGAUAGUGGAAUAUGGCCUACUAUGCAUAAACGUAAACGCAAACAAUCUGAACCGUGGUCUGAAACUAAGAAGAAAAAAAUGGAAAAACAGGAAAAUCGUAAAAAACGACAAGAAAAAAAGAUUAAACAAAGAAUGAAUUUAGUGAAUUCAACGAAUUCAACAAAGAAGAAAAGAAAGAAAAUUAGUCAACAGGAUAUUGAAGAACUUUCAAAAGAUAUAGCAUUAAUAAAACAAUUAAAGAAGAAAAAGAUUUCUGAAACAGAAUUUAAUGUUGCUUUUGGAAUUGAUUAAAGAGUUGAGUUAAAUAUAUAUAUAUAUAUAUAUAUGUACAGAAGAAAAAUCUUGCUGCCUAAUAUUAGAUUGUACAAUUUGUGUAUACAAAACAUUGUCAUCCAGUAAAAAGAUAAGCUAUUGGAAAAAAAUUGAAU